AUGGAUUCAUUAACAGCCCCUCUAAUUCACAAAUCUCUGGCAAACGCGGUUGCGGAACCCGCGGGCGACCGAGUAGCCACCGCGAAUGACGCCGUUAUGAACGGCGCGAGCGACGGCGAGGAUCACUUGGAUGACGUGGUGGUCCUGCGCCGUUCCACGGGGAAUUUAGCGGGACUCGGCGCUGCAUCAGGAGGGAAAGGGGGAAAAGGCGGAGUCGGCGGAGGCAGGGCGGAAGAGGUCGCUGCGCUGAGCGGAGGGCACGGGGGAGGAGGCGGGGGUCUGUGGGGCGCGGUGUUUAAUCUGGCGACGACGAGCGUGGGCGCGGGCAUCAUGGCGCUCCCCGCUACUGUCAAGGUGCUGGGCCUUCCGCUGGGGCUGCUGCUGAUAGCGCUCAUGGGCGCGCUGACGCACAGCGCGGUGCUCAUCAUAGUGCGCCUGGCGGCCGCCACCAACUCACAGUCGUACGGGCACCUCAUGGGCACGCGCUUUGGCGAGCGCGGGCGCGUGCUGUGCGAGGUGAUGGUCAUGGUGCAGGCGCUGGGGUCGCUCAUCGUCUACCUCAUCAUCACGGCGGACGUUCUGUCAGGCACGUCAGAGGCGGGAGGCAUGGUGCACCACGUGGGGCUGCUGGAAGAGCUGGCAGGGGGACCCACGUGGUGGAACGGCAGGGCUGUUGUGCUGCUCGCUGUCACCACCCUCGUGCUGCUGCCACUCGUGCUCCUCCGCCGCAUAGACUCCCUCAUGGCCACGUCAGCACUCUCAGUGGGCCUAGCAGUGCUCUUCGUGCUCUUCACGGCAGCAGCAGCGGUGAUGCGAGUGGUGCAGGGGCGCUUGCCUCCGCUGCGCAUGGUACCGGACGUGUCGUCAUGGCAGUCGGUGCUGCUCAUCUUCACCGUCGUGCCCGUCAUGACCAACGCCUUCAUCUGCCACUACAAUGUCCAGCCCAUCUACCGUGAGCUCAAGGACUCCCCCUCCUGCAUCGCCCCAGCGGCCACCAUGGAGCGCGCAGCGGGGCUGGCGCAGGUGAUAUGCACGGCACUGUACGGCACCACGGCGCUGUUUGCGUACCUGCUGUUCGGGGAUAGCACCGCUGCUGAUGUGCUUGCUAACUACGACCAGGACCUGGGGCUCAGCCAGGCCAUGGACGACAUAGUCCGCGUGGGCUACAUCGUCCAUCUCCUCCUCGUCUUCCCCAUCGUGCACUUCCCCUUGCGCCUCACCGCCGACAUCCUGCUCUUCCCCAAAGCGCGCCUGCCGCUGUGGCGCUCGCAGCGCCGCUUCUUCUGGCUCACGGCCGCCACCAUGGGCUUCAUCCUCGCGUGCGGUGUGCUCGUGCCCGACAUCUACGCUCUCUUCUCGCUGCUCGGGGCCAUUGUUGCGGUUUCUAUCGGAUUCACCUUUCCCGCCCUGCUCGCGCUCCUAACCCCAGGGCUAACCUUUACAUGCACGGAGAGAGUGGCGGUGUGGAGCAUGCUGGUGGUGGGCGUGGCAGUGAGCAUCACAGGCGUGACAUCAGAUGUCAUAGUCGCCUGCCAGUGGCUCUCACGCCUCCACCAACCCCCCUCCGAGCCACACCUGCCGCCGAAUGCGCCGCUAUUCUUGCAGUCUUCCAUUCCACUUGCUGGGCAUUCCUAUCCGACGACCGUCGCGCGCAUUUCCCCCAACGGGGAGUGGGUGGCGUCCGCGGAUGUGAGCGGAACGGUGCGCGUGUGGGGGCGUGGCGGCGAGCGGCGGCUCAAGUACGAAAUCAAGGCUCUUAACGGUCCAAUCGAUGAUCUGCAGUGGUCGCCGGACGGCCAGAGGAUUCUGGUGUGCGGCGACGGCAAGCCCACCUACGUGCGCGCGUUCACCUGGGAUUCGGGAGGCAAUCUGGGCGAUUUCGAGGGCCACGCCAAGCGCGUGCUCAGCUGCGCGUUCCGCCCCGCGCGCCCGUUCCGCGCGUUCACGUGCGGGGAGGACUUCGCAAUCAACUACUAUGAGGGCCCGCCCUUCCGCUACAAGGCUUCCAAUAAGGAGCACGGCAACUAUGUGAACUGCGUGCGUUUCUCCCCGGACGGUGCGCUGCUGGUGUCUGUGUCAUCAGACCGCCAGGGGCAGCUGUUCGACGGCAAGACGGGCGAGAAGCGCGGCGCGCUCAGCACGGACGACGCGCACACGGGCAGCGUGUACGCCGCCGCGUGGAGCCCCGACGGCAAGCAGCUGUUGACAGUGUCAGCAGACAAGACAGCCAAGGUGUGGGAUGUGGCAGCGGAUGGCAGCACGGCCACCGUCACCACCACCUUCCCGCUAGGCUCCUCGCUAGACCACAUGCAGGUGGGGUGUGCGUGGGUGGGAGAGCACCUCAUAACCGUCGCCCUCAACGGCGACAUCCACUUCCUCUCGCCCGCCUCCCCCUCCGCGCCACUGCGCACGCUCGUAGGCCACUGCAAGCCCAUCACGGCACUCGCACUCUUCUCCCCGGGAGGAGGAGAUGCGGGUGCGCCCACAGAGCUCGUGACAGGCAGCUAUGAUGGCACUGUGGUGCGCUGGAACAUCGAGACCGGGUCGCUUGGUCGCAUGGAGGCGCCUGCUGCUGCUGCUGCUGCGACUCCGGGUGCUGCUGGGGGUGCUGCUGCUGGAGGGGUGGCGGCCAUGGCAGCAGCGGGCAGCACGCUUCUCCUCGCAUGCAAUGAUGAUACCGUUCAUCUGUUGAGCCUCCCAGACCUCACGCCGAUCAGCGACACGCCAACAAUUGCACUGGGAGCGCACCCCAAGGACAUCAGCAUCGCAGCACACGACCCCGAUCUCGCCCUCCUCACCACCGCCUCCGGCCUCACCCUGCUCCGCUCCUCCAAGCUCCUCUCCUCCAUCACUCCCGCCUUCACACCCACCGCUGCCGCACUCUCCCCUGACGGCAAGGAGGCGGCUGUGGGAGGGGAGGAUGGGGCGGUGCGUGUGUUCAGUGUGAAUGGGGAUACGAUGGAGGAGGUGGCGAAGUUGGAGAGGCACCGGGGGCCGAUUACGGCCGUGCGGUACUCGCCUGAUGGAUCCAUGCUGGCCACUGGGGACCAGAACAGGGAGGCUGUUGUGUGGGAUACUGCCACGCGAGAGGUGAAGAUGCGCAACAUGGUCUACCACACGGCGCGCAUCAGCGCUCUCGCAUGGUCGCCCGACUCCACCCAUGUGGCCACAGCAUCCCUGGACAUGUCCAUCCUAGUCUAUGACGUCAGCAAGCCGCCCUCCGACCGCGUCACGCUCAAGAACGCGCACGUGGGCGGCGUGUCUGCUCUCGCCUUUGUGGACGCCACCACCAUUGUGUCUGCUGGCAACGACGCCUGUGUCCGCCUCUGGUCCCUUGCAUAG